AACAGGCUUCGUCGGGGUCUAGUAGCAAUGUCUUUGUAAGACUUAAGUCACCAUGAGCUUGAAAUUUUCUUUUCUUCAUUUUUAGGUUUGUAUCUUUUCUUCCCGUGCAAUAUCGAUUCCUCUUUCCUCAUUUUCUUAACUUUUUAAUUUCAAGGUCAUCAUGUCACAACUCACAAUUAACAAGCGAUGGACCACCCGACAGUCUGGCCUCCAGGACCUCAUUCUAGGGUCAUCUACAGUCCCAACACCAGGUGACGGUCAAGUGCUUGUCAAAAUCCAUACCGUAGCCCUCAAUUAUCGAGAUACUGAAGUGAUGAUGGGCCUAUACAACCAUCACAAAACUGCUGGCAAUGUACCCUCUUCUCUGGUUCCUUGUUCUGACAUUUCCGGAACAAUCAUAUCAUCUAACAGUUCAAAAUGGAAGCCUGGUGAUCGUGUUCUUGCAAUAUUUAAUCAGACACAUAUCCAUGGUCAAGUGACUGCAAAGGAUAUGGCUAGUGGAUUAGGACUGCCGGCAGAAGGUUGUUUGCAAGAAUAUCGUGUAUUCGACGGAGAAGGAUUGGUCAGGAGACCGGAAUACCUCACAGAUGAAGAAGCUUGCACGUUACCAAUCGCUGGAGUAACAGCCUGGAUGGCGAUUAAUGGCAUGAGGCCACUUGGACAACCAGCCGGGAAGGGAGAAAGUGUGUUGAUUCUGGGAACUGGAGGGGUGGCAAUCAGUGGAUUGCAAAUCGCAAAGGCCAGUGGCAUGGAAGGUAAACUAAAAAUCUUAUCCCAUUCCCGUCUCUUUAGUUCCGCAAGUUAAGUCCAGUCUAGUGAUCAUAACAUCAUCCUCCGACACCAAACUCGCCCAAGCCAAAUCCCUCGGCGCAGAUCACACAAUAAAUUACCGUACCCAUCCCAAGUGGUCUGACGAAGUAAUGAAAAUCACCCAAGGUGAAGGCGUCUCCAAUAUCUUCGAAACAGGUGGUGCCCUAACACUGCGCCAAUCAUUCGAUGCCAUAGCUUUCGGCGGACUCAUCAAUUGCAUUGGAUAUCUCUCGGGAAAGGAAGAUGAAGAUGCGGAUCGUACGAAUACGAAUGUUCUAGCGCUGAGAAGAAAUGUUACGUUAAAAGGCAUUUUGAAUGGACCCAGAGAGAGAUUCGAGGAAAUGUUGGCGUGGUACGAGGAAAAGCGGAUUAGACCGGUGGUGGAUAGGGUGUUUGGGUUUGAGGAGGCGAAAGAGGCCUUGGAGUAUUUGUUCCAUGGGGCUCAUUUUGGAAAGGUUGUUGUGAGGGUUAGUGAGUGAAAGUUUAGAAUCCUAUGAGAUGGAUUGGACCGAAGAAUUUUGCUUAAAUGCGUCCGGUCCAUGGGGUCAAUGAGUUCUCGAUCUGGGAAAACUAGACUUCGGUUAUUUUAUCAUGAUGUAUUUUUACAUUAAGCUACCUCAAGUUCCUUCUGAUUUCAUGCGAGUAAACGAAUUUAAUUAAAUCUAGGAG